AUGGGUGCAGCUAUUGUUGAUGGUGAGAAUUUAGAAAGGUAGGAUAUAGAGGGAGUUAUAGGGAUAUAGAGUGUUGUUUUAUUAACAAUAUGUAUGUCACAUUAAAGUGAAAUAGACAUCGUAUAUUUCCUUUUACAAUAUUUGUUUAAUAUUUACUUUCCCAGUUUUACCAUGUUUUUCCCAUUUAUUUUGGAAAAAAACUGGGAAAAUCAAAAAAUGACCUACCUAGACUAACAUUCCAGGAAAAUUCCUUUCUAGAAAAGAUACUAUACAAGAUACUUUGGACCAUGAUUUCUGAAUUUUUGUACACAGUAUAAAAAAAAAAAAAGAUAAAAUAAACAUCGUUAUGAAACCAAUACAUUUUAGAUUCUAAGUAGAGCGAAGAUGCUUAUAGUUUUACAGAGAUGGUUUUUUUUUUUAUUUUUUAUACCAGAAGACCUGCUCGUACGAGCAGCACGAGUAGCACUUUUUCUGAAAGUAAAUCGGCGUGGAAAGAAACUUUAAAGUAUUCAAUUUUUGAAUUUUUUCAGGGUUUUCUCAUCAAAUUUGAAAAUCGAAAAAAAAAACGGGAAAAUUUGAGAAAUUUAUCGUCCCCACUAGGACGUUUUUAUCACUAUACUCAGUCUAAAAUUGAAAAUACUGAUAAAAGUAUUUAUGCGUACCUCUUGCUUUCUAACAAUACGCACUAAAAAAAAUGUAUAUAUUCAUAAUACGUGUAAUGAUAAUAAUACGUUCGCAUGUAUUAUAAUAUUAUAACAAAUUAUUAUAAUAUCUCGUUUCAUAUAGGUACACCAUAAAAAAAUACAAAAUUCUAUACAAUAAUAUUAUGGUUUUUUUCAUGAACUUUUCCAUCGCAAAUUUUUAUAACAAUAUUAGUUUUUUUUUUUUAAACUAUUUAAAAAAUAAAAUAAACUAUAGGUAUAAUAACAGCAAUUAUAUUAAUACGUUUACCACGACCGCUCUGUUUGCUAUUAUAUGGUUGAAUGUUGUAGACUACUCACAAGUUAAACUUAUCGAGUUUUACACGGACGGAACACGCGUUUUCAUUAUGUGGUCGAAAAUAAAAUUUAAAUGUCUUUUCAUAUUUUCAUGGGUUGUAAUUUGCCCGUUUUAUACGCAUGCUUCAUUUUCUACGGGUUAUUAUUGUAAGUAAAUUAAAAUUAUGUGUGAAUAUAUACUAUAUUAUACAUAAAAAUAAAAAUUGUUAAUAAACUAUUAAAAACUACGUUCAAAAUCUCAUAGCUCAAGCUCAAUUGGAAAUACUCUAGAUUUAUGAUGAUUAUCUAUCAGCCAGUGAGUGCCGAAAAUCGUGAAUUUUGGACAAUUGGACCAUGACAAUUGUUUCAUGAGAUGUAUGGAAUUUUAAAUUCUAUUUGAUAUUCUCAACUCUCCCGAAAAAAUUAAGUCUUGAAACAUCGGAGUUAGUAAGAGUCGAAAAGUACUCGAAAUGACUCAUGUAAAUAUUUCACAGGUGUGCUACCAAACUGUACCAAGAAAACUGCCAUGCGUUCAGAUGUUAUAAUAGUUUUUAACACAUUUUAAUUGAAAAAUAUAUACAAUUAUCUAUCGCGCUGAUUUCAUUUUAAGUAGUAUUUUAAGAAAACCAUAGUCAGAUUUCUAUAAUGUAGAAAUUACACUUCCAUAAUGAAGUUAGCCAGUGAGCCAUCAUUCCUUUUUUUAUGUAAUUCAAAUAUCAAUGACUUUCUUGGUGUCUUUUAAAUAAUACUAUAUUUGUAAUUUGACCUCACCCAUUUGUUUUAAUAAAUAAAUAAAAAAUGAAUAUUUAACUACAUUUUUAUAACAUGACAUUUACGCGAAAAGUAAAACAAUUUCUCAUUAAAGCUUGUUAAAGAUCUUUUUUUUAAAAAAUAAUAAAUAUUUAACAUUUAGAAUUAAAAAUGUUUAAAAAUUCCAAACAAUUUUUUAUUGAAAUUUAUGAAUUAAUUUUUGUAUUAAAAUCUGUUUUUUUGCUAAAAACAUAGUUAAUAGAGUUAACUCCAUUGUCUCAUAAAGACGUCCGAUUGCGAUAAUUUCUUUUUUUGGUAAAAAUAUAACAACUUCUUCAGGGCGUAUAAAACUUUGAAUUAUGAUUAUGUAAAAAAUAUAAAAAUAUUGGUAAUAUUUAAACUUGAAUUACCUAUACUAUUUCAAAGUAUAAAUUUCAAUAUUCAAGUCGAAUGCACCUAGUCAAGUGUCUUCAUUCGAAUAAAAGAAUAAUGAUCGAAAUCGAAUCGUUCUAUGAGGCAGAAGAUUUAAACCUGUAAAUUAUACUUUUAGACAAAAGAACUGGUCGGACGUGGUACCAUUAACGAUAUUUUUUUCAUAGCAUAAAAAACACAGAGUUCCACAAUGUUGGUUUAGCAAGACAAAAAUACAAUUUUUGGAGCCUCCAGUUAAUAAUUUUUAAAUUAUAAUAAACAAUAAUAGCUGAAUAGAAAACAAAAAUUUGUGACCGGCUUCCGCAUACAGGCAGGUUUUAAUACAAUCUGAUAAAAUUUACAAAUGAUAUGAUGGGAGAUGGACAAUCGAUCGACAACUAACAUACCGACAGGGACAAUCGACGGACUGGACAGUUGACCGACAACUAAAAUACCGACAGGGCAAUUGACCGGCAAUAAUUUAUGAACCGAUGAAAUUUAUAUUUUUAUUUUAAAAAUCGAUAACGCAAGGAUUAAUUUUUGUUAACAAAAAAUGAUUCUGAGCGGAGUUAGGUUAUACAUGUUUAAAAGAUAGUAGCAAUUACAAUUUUCGUCAAAAUUUAAUAUUAGAAUUCUUAUAAAAAAAAAACUUAAUACUAAAUUUAACUUAGUCUUGAUAGCUACUAAAUACAACUUAUAAUGAACUUGUUAAAUUACCAAGAAUUUUCAUUUGGCCUAAUAAUUUUAUGCAUAGAGUACCUACCGACUAAAUAUUACGUAGACAGCUCGUAAAAUACAAAUGUCCAUAAAUAGGUCAAUAAUGGCUUAAUUGUUUUGAAAAUUUUAGGUUUCUAACAGAAUAAAAUAAUAUAUAUACACGCCUGAAAAAGAAGGGGAUUAAAGAUUUUGGAAAUUUAGAUUUUCUAGAUGCAUUGUGUGUCUAUUGAAAUUUAACUUAGAAGUGAUCAAUAGUAAUGGAAGAAUGGUAAAUAUUUACAGCGAGCUGGGAAAAUUUACGAAACAUAUUAUAUUCAGUUUAAUUUUUUGUUGUGAUUCAUUUAAAAAUAUUUGUAUGGACUGAAAAUUUAGACAGAAAACGUAUAAUUGCCUUUUAUAUACGUGGUAAAUUUAUCAAAAUAUUUUAGCCAUUUUUGAGCUAUUUAUAGACAUUUUAUUGCGAAAUUUGUAUGUAAUUUUUAUUCGAUAGAUACUCUAUGGAUAAAAUUGUUAGACUAAACAAAAAUGCUUGAUAAAUUAAUAGGAGGUUCACUAUAAGUUGUACUUUGUGAUUUUAAAAAUUGAGUGUGUAAUAUAAAAUUGUUUUAUUGAUAAGAAUAUGGAUAUACAAUUUUGAUGAAAACGUAAAUAUUAUGGCCUUUCAAAACAUGUAAAACCGUACUUUGCUCAGAUACAUUUUUCGUUAGCAAUUUUUAAUCGUUGCGUAUUGCAGAUAUAUAUUCAAUUUCCUCCUUACCUACCCUAUUUCUCACCUACAACAGUGGCCUACCCAAGUACGAAUUAUGUACGUCUUUUUUUAAAUUGUCAUUAAAUUGUAUUUAUUUCUUCCUUUUUUCAGCUCCGUAUGGGUACAGCUAUCCUUUUGCUGCUGUUCCUUCUUAUCGUCUUGCUUAUCAACCGACUAUGGUCAGACAUGUAGUCGCUCCAGUGUAUGCACAGCCAAUUAAUAUCGCACAUGUGGCACGGAUAAAUCAAGCAAAACCCGGUACGGCUACUCGUCUAAAUAAUAAAUUACUUAACAAUUAAAUCACGAAUUAUUAGUAAAAGAUAAAAACUAAUGGUUGUAUUAUAGUAUUGUCGAUAUAUUUGGUAGUCUAAGAUGAAUUCGACUUGUUUAGGCCGUUUUAUGUCAAUUUUGUGCACUGUUUUUUUUAUUUGUGCAUAAAUUAUGGCUAAAUUUUAUCUUUUAAUGAUUAAAAAAAAUAUCUAAAAACAUUUGUUCUUUCUUUAAAUAGAAGAUGGAAAAAUAAAUACGUGAUAAGGGUUAAAUAAUAUUGAACAAAUUAAAAUUUAACUGUUUUAUUUGUGUUCAAAUGUAUUUUUAAAAUAUUAUCAGAUUUGAAGAUGUUCAAACUUUGGUUUUUCAAGUAUAUCAUAUUCUUUUCUUUUUUUAAGUAGUUCUGAUCAUUUUUAUUUUAAUAUUAUAAUUAUGAUAAGUUUAUUAUAGGUACAACGGUAAAUAUUAUUUCCUAUAUUCCAUAUUUGAUUCUUUAAAUAUAUAUUUUUGAUAAAAUAUAUUCUUUGUUUCAGUAUUACCAUAUUACACUCCUCUUGUAUUACCCAUUUCAAUAAACGACAAAUCUAAACAGAAAUCAUCUGACAAAAAAGAUACUCGUCAUGUUAGUAAUAGAAAAUACGUUCUUACAACUCAUGGAUUCAUUCCUUUGGAAACAGAAAAGGAUAAUUUAAAACAAUUAGUUUCGGAAAUACUAAAAAAAAAUAUUGUAAAACAUCUUGCCGAGGGACUUGGAUUAAAAGAUGACGCCUCUAAAAAUAUGCUAGAGUUAAUUAAGAAGCUAUUAAAAAAUCAAAAUAACGCAUCAGAUGAAAGUGAUGAAAAAGAAAAUAAUAAAAAUAAAAUAAAAAAUAAAAAACAACCCAUCAAAAAAUCUAAAAACGAUAGUGAAGUAAAUACGAGUGAAGAAAACACCCAAGAAGAGGAAUCCGAAGAAGAUGAAAAUAAGAAAUCAGAAGAUGAAAAGACUCCCAAAAAAGAAAAAGAACCAAAAGAAAAACCGAAACAAGAAGAAAAGAAGAGAUCAAAUAAUGAAAUAAAACCAAAUGAUAAGAGUGAAAUCACCAACGAAGAAGAGGAAUCCGAACAGGGUGAAAGUAAUGAAGAUGACGAGAAUGAAAAUAUAAGCCCUAAAGAAAAGCCACCAAAAGAUGAAAACCCACCAAGUGCUGAAAAAGAACCGAAUGAUAUAGAAACACCAGAUGACGAAAAUAAACCGAAUAAUGAAGAAGAAUCUCUAGAAAACGAAGAUUAUGAUCAAGACGAAAAUGAUGAUGGUGAAAAUGUAAAAAUGGAUCCGAAAAAAGAGCCACCAAAAAAAGAAAGUAAACCCAAGUAUGAUAAUCCACCUAGUAAUGUAAAGAUACCAAAGGACGAAAAGAAACCGAAUAAUGAUGAUAAGCCAAAACCUAAAGAAGUAAACCAACCAAAAAAGAAUAGUGAAGAAGAAUCACUAGAAGGCGAAGAUUAUGAUCAAGAUGAAAAUGAUGAUCCCCAGGAUGAAGAUGAAGAUGAUGAAAAUUUGGAUGAGUUACUCGAUGAUCCAAAAGUGAAAAAAAACAACUAUGUGGAACCAAAUAAUAAAAAAAAAAAUAAUGUAAUAGAUCCACCAAAAGGAAAAAGUAACUCAAUUGAUACAAGACAGCCACCAAAAGGAAAAAGUAAUAAUAAGUAG